AGUCCAUCCAAACGAAUUCUGGAUGCAGCGUCUCCAAUGGUUAUGCGACGUGUUAUCCCGCAACCGUCGGCCUCAGCAUCACCAUUACCUGGUCGUGGAUCUGGUUCAUCACGACUUGAAAGCCCGCAACCAUCCAGGAGGACCAUUAAGGUGCCGGAAUCUCCAGUAGUUCGUCGAGCGGCGACUCAACAAGCAAUGCACGACAGCAAUGAUUUCACAUUUCUACCACCACUAUCUGGACAUCAACAACCAUCGUCAGCUGGACGUCACGAGCAUAGUCCAGUCAAGCAGGUACAAGUGCACACAACGUCAUCACAAAUGCCGACGGCACCGGUGAAAGCUGUACCUGUACCGAGUCAGCGGAAUGCGUUUACGAAAAUUGAGGAACGACGGCUUGGAAAUAAAGAUGCUGAGAAUGAGACGUGCUCAGCUAUUCCAUCACCAUCUGUUCGUGCCAUCUCAGCGUUGAAACGAACUACAAUAGGAAAAGGUGCUGCCGCUGAACCAACUCCUGUGCCAACAGUGGAGAAUAUGACAUUGCCGUCAACGCAAUUCAUUGUGAGAGGUUCCGCUGCGCGACGAUCGUUGGCAGAAAGGAGUCGCCUUCGGAAAAAUACGGAGGAAUCGACUCCGCAUACGCCGACAUCCGAGAAAGCUCCCGAAAGUCAUCCUCAAGAGCCUAAAGCAGAACCGAAACCGGCCGAAUCAGCCGCAGCCCCCGAAAAUCUGGCAGAUACUGGAAGCCUCCCCUCCUUGGAUAAUGCGAAGGAUAUUAGCGAUGACGAGGAUGAAACAAUGCAGCAAUCGUUAAAAUUGGCUUUUGGAAGCGCAGGGCGUGGAGGUAUGUUUUUUUUCUUGGAAAAAAAAGAUGAGUUGUCAAAAAUUUGA